GACAACAAGCACAGCAAAAGAAGGAAAUGAGCGGGUGGGCCAAGACUACGAUAAAAUGUUCCUUCAUUUGACAAAAACUGAGAAAAAAACGUAUCAAAGUAAUUAUCGGUCUAGAAACAAACCAGAUUGGCUAUGCACCUAUAUAAUGGAAGACCAUAAAGAUGAAUUUUUAUACGGUGAAGCCACUGGUCCUCCAUUCUUGGCCGAUCCUUUCAAAACUGAAGGUGAUCGAAGGAAACUUAUUCGAUCCCUCCUUCAAUGCACCAAGUUGAUGGAAAAAGUUCCGAAGGAACAUUUUCCAUCUAUUGAUGAUAAUAAUAUAAUCAAGCACGCCAAGAGUAUCCCUCGAUUUGGAAUGCUUCUUUAUGGUAUGGUACAAGUAUUUGAAUGGUUUGAAAAC